AUGGCAGACACAUGCAUUGUCUGUUUAGGCGACCUGCGCACCACUGUGGACGGGGAUCCACCGCCGGAUGCUCCCGCUGCACCAGCUGAUGAUGCUGGCGAGGACAGCGACGCCAAGCAAGCCUCGAUAUAUAACGCCCAAAGUAACAUAGAGACGGACGAAGAAGCCAUCGCUCAUCUUCUACCCUGCAAGCACGACCUGCACAAUUCGUGCUUAAAGCCUUGGGUUGAGCGCGCCAACAGCUGCCCAAUAUGUCGGACUGUGUUCAACAUGGUCGAAGUCAGCAGGACGGUGGGUGGUCAAGUCAUCGACAGCUAUGCUGUGAUGGACAAGUCGCAAGAGGCGGAGGUCGACCCUACAAUGGUGGUUGAUGACGAGCUAUUUGCCGUGGAGCUGGUCGAGCCGUGUCUGAUAUGCGAGGUCCCAACCGACGGUCUUGGGGCCAUGUAUUGCGACGGGUGUGAUCGAAGCGUACACAUCUUCUGCGCCGGCUUCGAUGCAGACGUACCGGAAGUCUGGUACUGCGAGAGCUGCCUCGGACACCUUGAGGCUGACGCGGAUCUUCUUGGCCUCGCGUCUGCUGCUGGAAGAGGACGAAGACGUCGCAUAGCGAACGGCAACGGUCGUGGGACUGGUGGCCGGCCGCGUCAUCGCCGUAACGACGACGCGAUGUGGGCCCGAGUGUGGCAAGAGGUCAACAGACGUCUUGAUAUGGACCUUGAUUUCCCGUAUGACGAAGAGCCUGCGGAGACGCGAACAGAAGAACAACGACGAGAAUUCGAGCGAUGGCAGGCCAGGUUCAAUAUCGCAGACCGACAGGGCGCAUCGAAUCGGCUUCGCGGCAUUGCACAGGCCCGGAUCAAUGGACGGCGCAUAGUGCCAGCGACACCAGAAUCUCAGGAAGAACUUCGUGCCUGGAACGCCUUUGAUAAGGCACGCGAGUCACACGAAGAGGAACCAGCCAACACGAGACGUCGCAAGCGUAGACGCACAGACUCGCCUGCGUCACCACGCGAAUCAGAGCAGCCGUCUGCACAACCAGAACUGAAGCGUCCACGUCUACGCCGUCCACGAAAUGCGGCACCCGAACAACCAGAAUCUUCUGCUGCCGCAGCUCGCAGAAAUGGCGAAGAUCACACUUUUCUAUCGUCUCUGCUUCGUGAGGUUGAGAACAAGGCCACAUCUGCAUCCUCUCCUGCUGCGUCCGAUUACGUGUGCGGUCAGUUCUCGCCACGAAACUCCUCUCCUGUACGGUCGCCGGCCUCCUCGGAAGAUGGCACACCACCCGCGGCCACCACUCCACCUCCACACAGGCCACUGUCACCUCCUCUUUCCUCACAAAUCAUGCCUGCAACCUCGCCCUUGGCUCAAAUAUUCUCGCCUUUCUCGCCCGCCGUUUCGAGGCUAGACUUGGACCAACCUCCAACUGGCGCACAACAUCGUGGCCGAAGGCGACACGCGCGUGAAGCCUCUUUGGAGGAUACGGACGAGGUCGCCCACGGCAGACACUCUUCCUCCUCGCCCUCGAGAGCGCUCUCUUACUCUGCCAAGGAAGAGAUCCAGCGCAUGGUCAAGCUGUCGCUCGGAGCGAGAUAUCGUGAAAAGGAAGUGACCAAGGACCAAUACACCGACAUCAACAGAGAUGUCAGCAGGAAGAUGUACGAUCUGGUUGGAGACGCAUCGGCGCUGAUGGAUCAGGAGUCGCGAGCAAAAUGGCAGCAAGUCGCUAAUGACGAAGUACAGAAGGCAAUAGAUGCGCUACCUACCACGCCUUCUGUCGAGGACCAUGCAGGUGAACAGGAGUGA